UGUUUCCCACUUACGUUUAUUGCUUACAUCCUUCGCGACUUACAGUCGGUAAUUUCAGUUGUCGUUUCUUACAUACGCACUCCGUUCGAUUAGUUUUAAUGUCACCUACAAUUACAAGAACACGAAAAUCUUUACGAGCUUGUCGCGAGUUUAGGAUCACUUUUCGAGGAAUGUUUUUUCUACGACUCCGCACUAUUAAGACCCGGUUGCAUCAACGUUGCUUUGAUUUUAAGCGAAACUUAAAAUUCUCUAUCUCGUUUUAAAACCGAAAAGAGGCGGGGAUAAAGAGAGUUUUAAGCCUCGCUUAAAAUUAAAGUAACGUUGGCGUAACCUAAGUACGAAUGUAAAAUUCAAGAUAUAUUAAAAAUUUCGGAAAUCAAGACAAUCCAAUUUCACAAAAUAAAUCUCCACAAUUCCCUUUAAUUUAUGGAACUUUCGUGGAUUGCUGUAUCGAUCUGCAACUUCUGUGACACCCUAUAUGCUAUAACUUAAAAGAAAGAGAGAGACAAACAGACGGGAGGGAGAGAAAGACGGAGAGAAGGGAAACAGCGAAAGUGCAGCCGAAACGAAGAGAAGCUCGAGGUUCUCGUACGUGCGACAGUUUGCGGCAGCCAUCAGUGGUUAUGGAUUGAUCAUCGGUCGCUCUCGCGGUGUUGCGGGUAGCGCUCCGUUUCUUUUUUUGUUCUUCCUUAUUUUAAGUUACAUCUGCGGGAGUGUUUUGCUCCCUCGAAUUCCCCGAGUUUUCGUGCACGCCGGGAUCCACGACGCGAUAUGGCCGCGUUCGAUCUUCCAUGCUCUUCCAUGCCGUUUGUAUUGGCGGUCACGUUAUUCGUCGCAACGCUAACCUCAUCUAUCAACGCCGCAACGUCCUUGGAACCGUCGAUACCCGGUCGCGGUUCUCUUGGUUCUCUGAUCGAACCACUGUCGUCGACGGUCGAGCCUCCCAAUGCAACGGGUGACAAGAAAGCAUUGGUGCGGUAUUCUAGUGUAGCAGAAGGAGGACCUAUAAUAACGCCUCAACGUGGAAGCACUACAACAGAAUCCAACAAGCCUGACGAAGCUAGAGAGAGUGCGCCUAAGGAGAGACAUGCUAUUCCUUCUGUGGUGGCAAGGAAAGGAGUUGACGAAAAAAUAAAACCGAGGAAGGAAGUUUCAGAAGUUCCAGAGAUAAUACCUACGAAAAGUAUAGAUCAAAAUAUGGAUCCAGAAAAGAAAAAUGUAUUACUUAAUCAGACCACUUUUGAAAAUAUAAAAUUAUCUAUAGUGAAAAGUAGUCCUGCGAUAUAUAUAGAAACAGCUCAUAUCAAAUCUGAAAUUUCCAACGUUAGCUUCCCGAAAUUAAAUACCACUAAUCCACGCUCUAAUGAUAGCUUAAAUCACCAUAUAAAUUCCAAUUACUCUAAUAUAAGUAUACCAGCAAAUAAAACUGCAGCUCAUCUAGACAUAAAUAAUACAACGAAAACAUCUUUGCAUGUUGAAAAGCACAUACCGAAGCCUAAACCAACGGUAACGACUGUUGAUGGGCCAGAAAUUAAUGAAUCUAUACCACUCCUACGAACAAAAAAUCCUCCACUAGGCAUGCCAAGAAAAAUCGACUACAUUGUGCCAGUCAUUAUAACAAUUGUCGCUUUACCGAUAUUGGGUGCUGCGAUUUUCGUAUUAUAUAAGCGCGGUCGAGAUUGCUGGGAUAAGAGGCACUAUCGAAGGAUGGAUUUUUUGAUCGACGGAAUGUACAAUGACUGAUACCCGUAUGAGAAGAAGUUUGUUCCAUGAGAUUAAAUACACGUUAUGCAAGAAGCAAUCAAUUUCUGCGUUCUUCCAUUUGCAAAUGCAAAUUUUGUAUACGUUCUUUAAAAUAGCCAAUUGAUGAUGUACUUCGCAUUGAUUUCUUCUUACAUAACGAUAUAAAUGUCCAAACGAC